AAAGGAACAGAAGCAGGAUGAGGAAAGACGAAGGGCGACAUUUUGAAAGCCAAGGGAAAGCCGCCUUCAGGUUCAAGGCGGUUUUGGACGCCGCCGGGAGGUAAAGAGGAAGAUGAUUAAUUCUAUGCUAGCCCUCGCUCAAACUGGAGUCCGAGGAGCUGAGGCGGGUGACAUGGGGCUAAGCCACACCGCAGGAAACGAGUAAAUUGAAAGGGGGAGGCCUUAGUAGUAGUAUAUUCUUCAAGGAAGUUUAGCUUUGACGAGCCAGAAAGGGAGGGACGUGGAGGGUAAUUUAGGGCUCAAGGGGGUAAUCAGCUUUAGAAUUCGGUACCCUUGAGUGGGUGUAACUCUGCAUCUGCCGGAGGCUCUCCGCAGUCCUUUUGGGUCCUUCUUGGAAUUCCCUUUGGUGAAAAAAACCCUACCACUCUUAAGCUGGAAAAAAAUUGCCACUCAAUAAAAAACAAAACAGCGUGUUGUUUGAAAGCCUUCGCUUUAAAAAUCCUGGCAUGCAAAUAAGGGGCUUUAAUGUGGCUCACAGCGAUUGGUAGGUACUUACCAAGGCCGUCAUUUCCUCGUAGUACAAGAUGCAAACGAAGAGUCUGCUUUCCGCUUUCCUAUUGGCUGUUCGAUUGGACUCAGCUUUUAGCCAAUCAAACCACUUCGCUUCACCCCUCCCGGUAGCUCUUAUAAAUUACACCAAAUUGGUUAUCCUUGCCACAUCCUUCUCUUUGAAAAAGAAGCCGUAACUGCAUUUUUAGUCGUAAUGUCAGGACGCGGAAAGCAGGGAGGCAAAGCUCGGGCCAAGGCCAAGUCGCGCUCAUCCCGCGCUGGCCUUCAGUUCCCCGUGGGGCGAGUGCACCGCCUGCUGCGCAAAGGCAACUACGCCGAGCGAGUGGGGGCCGGCGCGCCAGUGUACCUGGCGGCCGUGCUGGAGUACCUGACAGCGGAAAUCCUGGAGCUGGCCGGCAAUGCGGCCCGAGACAAUAAGAAGACACGCAUCAUCCCUCGCCAUUUGCAACUAGCCGUGAGAAAUGAUGAGGAGCUCAACAAGUUACUCGGGGGUGUCACAAUUGCCCAGGGCGGCGUCUUGCCCAAUAUCCAGGCAGUCUUGUUGCCCAAGAAAACGGAGAGUCACAAGCCUGGCAAGAAUAAGUAAUUAGGAAGCUUGACACCAACCCCGCUCACCCCAAAGGCUCUUUUAAGAGCCACCAAAGUGUCGAAUGAAGGGCUGAUCACGAAACAGCGCAUUAGCUCUUUUUUUGAAAACUUGGGUGGCUCUAAAAAGAGCCUUUGGUCUUUGGUUUACUUUGUCUG